UUACACGCGCACACACACUCCAUACUCAAAGGCUUUACACGGCACAAGUAAGCUCGCAUGGAUCUUCAACUUCAAUUCAUCAAAACGACACCGUGAAAAGUCUACUUCUCCAACGUCAAGAUCUAAAUCUCCAGCUCCACUUCACUGCCGAACAAUGAAUCCACUCUCCAACCCAAAUCUCAUCAAGCUCUCCGCCUUCAUUUUCCUCUCCUUCGCUUUCUUCUACCUCGGCAAACACUGGUCCGAUGGCUACCAGCAACUCGUCUUCUUCUCCACCUUUCGCUCCUCUCAAGACGCCGCCGUUUCAAUGUCCCCAAACUCCAACAAAUCCUACGACAUUUCCUCCCUCAUUGCGGACAAUGAAACACAAUCUCAAUCUCAGUUCAAUCUCGUUCCGUCUCCAUCUCCAUCUCCGCCGUCCGAUUCGAUCAAGAAGUUCGGGAUCAUAACCGAGGACGGAACUAUGUCCGACAAGUUUGAAGUCGGGGAGUACGAUACGGAUUUGGUGGAAACCGAGUGGGACAACGAUAACGGGACGGAGAAAACGGAGAGCAGUGCUGGUAGGGUUCAGAUUAAGAGGUUCUCCCUGUGUUCCGAGAGUAUGAGGGAGAUUAUUCCGUGUCUGGAUAACUUGGAGGCAAUUAAAAGGUUGAAGUCCACGGAUAAAGGGGAGAAAUUCGAGCGACAUUGUCCUCAAAACGGAACCGGAUUGAAUUGCUUGGUUCCGCCUCCUAAAGGCUACAGGCAGCCCAUUCCGUGGCCCAGAAGUCGAGAUGAGGUAUGGUACAGCAACGUUCCUCAUACAAAACUAGUUGAAGAUAAAGGAGGUCAAAACUGGAUUUCAAAAGAAAAGGAUAAGUUCAAGUUUCCAGGAGGUGGUACGCAGUUUAUACAUGGGGCUGAUCAAUACUUGAAUCAGUUCUCUCAGAUGGUGCCUGAUAUUACAUGGGGUAAUCAAACCAGAGUUGUUAUCGAUGUUGGAUGUGGCGUGGCAAGUUUUGGUGCCUAUUUGUUAUCACGGAAUGUCUUGACUAUGUCUGUAGCUCCGAAAGAUGUUCAUGAGAAUCAAAUUCAAUUUGCUCUUGAGCGUGGUGUCCCGGCAAUGGUAGCAGCAUUUGCAACUCGCCGUUUAUUGUAUCCAAGUCAAGCUUUUGAUUUGAUACAUUGUUCAAGAUGCAGAAUAAAUUGGACUCGUGAUGGUGGGAUAUUGCUGCUUGAGGUCAAUAGGAUGCUUAGGGCAGGAGGAUACUUUGCUUGGGCUGCACAGCCAGUGUAUAAACAUGAAGAAGCUCAAGAGGAACACUGGAAAGAGAUGCUUAAUCUUACAACUCGUCUUUGCUGGGAGCUUGUGAAGAAGGAGGGAUACGUUGCAAUAUGGCAGAAGCCCUCCAACAACAGCUGUUAUCUAAGCCGUGAGGCAGGAACCACACCCCCACUGUGUGACCCAGAUGACAAUCCAGACAAUGUCUGGUAUGUUGAUCUGAAGGCAUGCAUCAGUCGACUUCCAGAGAAUGGAUAUGGAGCAAAUCUUCCCUCAUGGCCUGAUCGAUUGCAAACUCCACCUGAUAGGCUCCAAAGCAUACAGCUUGAUGCAUACAUUGCUAGGAAAGAGCUCUUCAAGGCAGAAUCGAAGUACUGGAAUGAUAUAAUAGCAAGCUAUGUCCAUGGUUUACAUUGGAAGAAGAUGAAAUUUAGAAAUGUAAUGGAUAUGAGAGCUGGCUUUGGAGGAUUUGCAGCAGCUUUAAUUGAACAAAAACUUGAUACCUGGGUUAUGAAUGUGGUUCCAGUUAGCGGUUUCAACACCUUACCUGUUAUAUACGACCGUGGACUACUAGGAGUUAUGCAUGAUUGGUGUGAACCAUUUGAUACAUAUCCGAGAACCUACGACUUACUGCAUGCAUCUGGGCUCUUCUCUGUUGAAAGAAAAAGAUGUAAUAUGUCAACAAUCAUGCUUGAGAUGGACCGAAUGCUCAGACCUGGUGGACAUGUGUAUAUUCGUGACUCUGUUGAUGUCAUGGAUGAACUUGGAGAGAUUGCAAAAGCUAUGGGUUGGAAAGUGACUAUGCGAGAGACAGCUGAGGGCCCUCAUGCAAGUUAUAGGGUGUUGACAGGUGAUAAACGCCUACUGCGUGGUUAAAUAAAUGGGAUUAUAAAUCCAGGUGUGAUUGUUAUUAGUAAAAUCUGUAAGAUUAAGAAGAGAUUAACAGCACGGGCCAACGUCCCUUUCAUCAAAGCCAUAUGGAGAAAAGGAUCGCAGAUGCUUAUGGAAAUUUUAUUGCCACAGAGAGAGACCUGUUUCAUUUAUAUAAUUAUCGACUACUGGAGUGGACAUCCGAUCAGUUCUUAGCUGGUGCCUCGUGAGUUGUGAUUUUUUAGGUAUUGACUUCAAUAUUAGAUUAGGCACGUACUUGAUCCAUGCCCGAGUGGAAAUGAUGGAAGCCUUCCAUGUACUUUACCUGUAAAACACAGCAUAGUACAUUUCAUUUUUUAAAUUGAUGAUUUUGUAAUAUUAUUCUUUUUACCUGAAUUCAGGAAAAGUUACAUGCAAAGCAUUAGCUAAUAUGUUUGCUCCAUUUAUAAUCCUGUAAGCUGUAACUAAGAGUCUUAAAGACUUAGACCAUGAGUUCUCUCUUUUCGAACUUCGAA